CUCAGGCUCCGCCGGCCAUGGGGCGGCGGUUCCACGCGCUGCGGCCGCUGCUGGCGCCGCUGUUGCUGCCGCUGCUGCUGCCGCCGCGGGCGCUUCCCCGGGCGCACUGCCCGGAGCCCUGCAGCUGCCCGCCAGACGGCGCCCUGCGCUGCCCCGGCCCACGGGCCGGCCUCACCCUACUAUCACUCACCUAUCUCCCUAUCAAACUAAUCCCAUCUCAAGCUUUCAGAGGACUUAAUGAGGUGGUAAAAAUUGAAAUCUCUCAGAGUGAUUCUCUGGAAAAGAUAGAAGCUAAUGCCUUUGACAACCUCCUCAAUUUGUCUGAAAUACUGAUCCAGAACACCAAAAACCUGGUGUACAUCGAGCCUGGAGCAUUUAGAAAUCUGCCCCGGUUAAAAUACCUGAGCAUCUGUAACACAGGCAUCCAAGAGCUUCCAGAUGUUACGAAGAUCUUCUCCUCCGAAUUUAAUUUCAUUCUGGAAAUUUGUGAUAACUUACACAUAACCACCAUACCAGGAAAUGCUUUUCAAGGGAUGAAUAACGAAUCCAUAACACUCAAACUAUAUGGAAAUGGGUUUGAAGAAAUACAAAGUCAUGCCUUCAACGGGACGACGCUGAUUUCCCUGGAGCUCAAGGAAAACACACACCUGGAGAAGAUGCACAAUGGAGCCUUCUGGGGGGCCACGGGGCCUAGCAUCUUGGAUAUUUCAUCCACCAAAUUGCAAGCCCUGCCUAGCUAUGGGCUGGAGUCCAUCCAUACACUCAUUGCCACAUCAUCCUAUUCUCUAAAAAAACUGCCAUCAAGGGAAAAAUUCACCAACCUCCUGGAUGCCACACUGACUUACCCCAGCCACUGCUGUGCUUUUAGAAACUUGCCAACAAAAGAGCAGAAUUUUUCAUUUUCCAUUUUUGAAAACUUUUCCAAACAAUGUGAAAGCACAGCAAGGAGACCAAAUAAUGAAACACUUUAUUCUGCCAUCUUUGCUGAGAGUGAACUGAGUGCCUGGGAUUAUGACUAUGGUUUCUGCUCACCCAAGACACUCCGAUGUGCUCCCGAACCAGAUGCUUUUAAUCCCUGUGAAGAUAUUAUGGGCUAUGACUUCCUCAGGGUUCUGAUUUGGCUUAUUAAUAUCCUAGCCAUCGUGGGAAAUGUGACUGUCCUCGUUGUUCUCCUGACUAGUCGUUAUAAACUAACAGUGCCCCGUUUUCUCAUGUGCAAUCUCUCCUUUGCAGACUUUUGCAUGGGGCUCUAUCUGCUGCUCAUUGCCUCAGUUGAUUCCCAAACCAAAGGACAAUAUUAUAACCAUGCCAUAGAUUGGCAGACAGGGAAUGGGUGUAGUGCAGCUGGCUUUUUCACUGUAUUUUCAAGUGAGCUUUCUGUCUACACACUCACAGUUAUCACACUAGAAAGAUGGCACACUAUAACCUAUGCUAUUCAGCUGGACCAAAAGCUGCGUUUAAGACAUGCCAUUCCUAUUAUGCUUGUAGGAUGGCUCUUUUCUACUCUAGUUGCCAUGUUGCCCCUUGUGGGUGUCAGCAAUUAUAUGAAGGUCAGCAUUUGUCUCCCCAUGGAUGUGGAAACCACUCUCUCACAAGUCUACAUAUUAACCAUCCUGAUACUCAAUGUGGUGGCCUUCAUCAUCAUUUGUGCUUGCUACAUCAAAAUUUAUUUUGCAGUUCAAAAUCCAGAGCUGAUGGCUACCAACAAAGAUAAAAAAAUUGCUAAGAAAAUGGCGGUCCUCAUCUUCACUGAUUUCACCUGCAUGGCACCUAUCUCUUUUUUUGCCAUCUCAGCUGCCUUCAAAGUGCCCCUUAUCACAGUAACCAAUUCUAAAGUUUUACUGGUUCUUUUUUAUCCUGUCAAUUCUUGCGCCAAUCCAUUUCUGUAUGCGAUUUUCACAAAGGCAUUCCAAAGGGAUUUCUUUCUGUUGCUGAGCAAAUUUGGCUGCUGUAAACAUCGGGCUGAACUUUAUAGAAGGAAGGAUUUUUUGGCUUAUACCUCUAACUGCAAAAAUGGCUUCACUGGAUCAAAUAAGCCUUCUCAGUCCACCCUGAAGUUGUCUACAUUGCACUGUCAAUAUACAGCUAUCCCAGACAAGACUUGCUAUAAAGAAUGUUAACUGUUUUAUCAGUAACCACAUUAUUGAGUAGUACUUAAACAUGUAAAAAAUAAUCUGUACCAGUAAUUUUAACAUAAACAGUUGGUGUUAGGAAACUAUUUAUUCUCAAGCACAUUGAGCAAAAACAAGAUAUCUACCUAGCUCAAAGUGUUGUCCAUGACCAUUGCCAAUCUAAAAACUACUUGUCAUUGGUACAUGAUGACACAAAAUACAAAAACUGAAAGUGUGUAGAAACAUUUCUAGCAAUUUUGACAGAGUAAUUUAAUGUCUGUUGAAUCUAGUGCUUUUGAAUGAGGUGGUAUUUUACAUAUCUUUGCUUCUUUCUCAUUUCACCUUUGUAGUAAUUUUUACUGCAAUUUAUAGUCCAUUACAGAUUUGAAAUUUAAAAUAACUGGUUCUUUUCCUCAGAUGGUUUGAAAAGCACACUGCAGAGAUGCACUGCCCAAUCUGGUAGCCACUAGCCAUAUGCAGCUAAAUUAAAAUUAAAAUGUAAUUUCUCCCAUAGAAUUUCUAGAAGAAACUAUAGGCUGUAAUUUCUUUGACAUCGGCCUUAGCAAUACUUUUCUAGAUAGUGUCUUCGGGCAAGGAGAGCAAAAGUAAAAAUAUAUGCAAAUGAUAUAUCUGAUAAGGCAUCAAUAUCCAAAUAUAUAUA